UGAAGUAGCAGCAAUGGCCGCCCGGUGGAGUGAACCCGAACUUUAGUGUUUCACAGGUGUGUGUGAGGAUGUGAAGUGUUUCACAGGUGUGUGUGAGGAUGUGAAGUGUUUCACAGGUGUGUGUGAGGAUGUGAAGUGUUUCACAGGUGUGUGUGAGGAUGUGAAGUGUUUCACAGGUGUGUGUGAGGAUGUGAAGUGUUUCACAGGUGUGUGUGAGGAUGUGGUCCUGCGUGCAGCAGCGCGUGGAGGACUUCGUGAUGACGGCGGCGACGGAAAUCUGUCAGCUCCUUAAAGAGAGAGACGAAGAAGAAGAAGACUCGAAGAUGGAGGUCAGUCUGAUUCUGAUGUACUUCUACUACAAGUCUGAGGAGGAGCUGCUGGCUGUGAUGAGGAGGUGCUGUGAAGCUCUGCUGCAGGACCUGAGGAGGCUGCUGGAGGAGAACCAGGACCUGAGGAGGCUUCAGGAGGAGAACCAGGACCUGAGGAGGCUGCUGGAGGAGAACCAGGACCUGAGGAGGCUUCAAGAGGAGAACCAGGACCUGAGGAGGCUUCAGGAGGAGAACCAGGACCUGAGGAGGCUUCAGGAGGAGAACCAGGACCUGAGGAGGCUGCUGGAGGAGAACCAGGACCUGAGGAGGCUUCAAGAGGAGAACCAGGACCUGAGGAGGCUUCAGGAGGAGAACCAGGACCUGAGGAGGCUUCAGGAGGAGAACCAGGACCUGAGGAGGCUGCUGGAGGAGAACCAGGACCUGAGGAGGCUUCAGGAGGAGAACCAGGACAUGAGGAGGCUUCAGGAGGAGAACCAGGACCUGAGGAGGCUGCUGGAGGAGAACCAGGACCUGAGGAGGCUUCAGGAGGAGAACCAGGACCUGAGGAGGCUGCUGGAGGAGAACCAGGACCUGAGGAGGCUUCAAGAGGAGAACCAGGACCUGAGGAGGCUUCAGGAGGAGGACAAGGACCUGAGGAGCCUUCGGGAGGAGAACCAGGACCUGAGGAGCCUUCAGGAGGAGAACCAGGACCUGAGGAGUUUUCAGGAGGAGGACCAGGAGCAGAACAGUUUUCAGGAGGAGGACCAGCAGCAGAACAGUUUUCAGGAGGUGGACCAGGAGCAGAACAGUCUUCAGGAGGUGGACCAGGAGCAGAAAGACAAUCUACCAUCAUGUGAUCAGAGGAGCUUCCAUGAAGCUGAGGGAGGCGCUCAGGUGGAGGCGAGCCACCAAGCAGGUGGAAGCAGCCAAUCAGAGCGGCCCUUCACCUGCGGGAAGUCUUUCUCCGGCAGCGUCACAGUCCACCAGCUCAGCUGCUCCCACUGCGGGAAGCGGUUCGGCACCCGCAGCCACCUCAGGGCGCACCUGAGGUCCGGCGGGGGGGUGCUCACCUGCUCGGCCUGCGGCGAGACCGUGGCGGCGAGGUGCCUCCUCCGACGGCACGGACUCACCUGUCGGGUCACGGACGGCGGCGGGUUCAGGUGCACGGAGUGCGGGAAGGACUUUUCCAAACGCAGCUACUUGUCUGCACACCGGCGGGUCCACCUGAAGGACAAACCCUUCCAGUGUCCCACGUGUGAGAAGGGCUUCACCACGAGCCGCAGCGUCCACGUCCACCAGCUGACCGUCCACAGCGGGCUGAGGCCCUUCACCUGCGGCGUCUGCAGGAAGACCUUCAGCCAGCGCGGCGGCCUCAGGGCUCACCUGAGGACGCACACCGGGGAGCGGCCGCACACCUGCGAGCAGUGCGGGAACAGCUUCUCCAGCAAGAGCGGCCUGACGGUGCACCGCCGCGUCCACACUGGGGAGAAGGCCUUCGUCUGCGACACCUGCGGGAAGAGCUUCAGCGUGUCGGCCAACCUGCGGCGCCACCGGCUCGUCCACUCGGGCCUCCGGGAGUUUGGCUGCGACGUGUGCGGCUGCGGUUUCACGCAGGCGGCGCACCUGAAAGCGCACCGCGCCGUGCACACCGGCGAGUGGGCGUUCAUCUGCAACGCCUGCGGAAAGGGCUUCGGGCAGCGCGGCGCGCUGCUGGCGCACGAGCGGAGCCACGCCGGCCUCAAACCGCAUGGCUGCGGCGAGUGCGGGAAGAGCUUCUCCACGUCCGCUUCGCUGAAGCGCCACCAGCUCGCUCACGGCGGGCGGAAAGCUCACGCCUGCGACGAGUGCGGGAAAAGCUUCGCCAGCGCCCAGAUCCUGAAGACUCACCGGCGGCUGCACACCGGCGCCGGCGGAAAAGCGUUCUCCUGCGACGUGUGCGGCCGCGGCUACAGCUCGCUCGGCUACCUGAGGACGCACCGGCGCUGCCACUCGGAGGGGAAACCCUUCGGCUGCGCCCGCUGCCAGAAGGCCUUCUCCACGCAGGCGAGCGCCAAGCUGCACGAGCGCACGCACAGCGGAGAGAAGCCGUACGUCUGCGAGGUCUGCGGGAAGAGAUUCAGCGUGUCGCAGAACCUCAUCAGACACAAACGCGUCCACAGCGGAGAGAAACCCUUCGAGUGCGGCGUCUGCGGCAAGCGGUUCAGUCAGAACAACAACCUGAAGGCUCACCUGCUGGUCCACUCGGGUCAGAAGCCGUUCAGCUGCUCCUCCUGCAGCCGGAGCUGCGCCUCCAUGAGGAGCCUCAGGGAGCACAAGUGCGUCUCAGCUGAAUGAACUCCUGGAACGAGUUUCUUCAAUGAAAAGAUUUGAACUAUUAGAGGCAAGAUUGAUGAUCUCUUGCCCUCAACUACUGCUGAUCUGUCAUCAAGAGGAGUGGCCUUGGAAACG